GAGUUGAGUUGAGUUGAGUUGAGUUGAGUUGAGUUGAGUCCAUAUUGCUAGCUAGUUCACUUGUAAAUUGUUUUGAUAGUUAAGUUGACAACAUGAGUGAUAUUCGAGAUAUUUUGGAGUUGGAGCAAGGGCUUGCUUCUACGCCAAGUAAAGAGGCUAUCGUUGGAGGAAACAAGCCAAGAAAGCUUAGAAGAGCUGGGGAACAAAGCUUCAAACGUCCAGAGGGGAUGCAUCGUGAGCUGUAUGCCUUGCUAUACAGUGACAACAGGUUAGUGCAGUGGAAAAAGUCAGUCAGUGAUUUUAAAGUUAAUGUUCCAAGCUAUACAGAUGAAGAGUACCAGAUGUACCUCCAUGAUGGCCCCCCCUCCACAUGGACACGGGAUGAAACUGAUCACUUGUUUGAUCUCUGCAGACGGUUUGAUCUUCGUUUCAUAACCAUUCAUGACAGAUUUGACAAGGAGAAGCAUCAGACUCGUACAAUUGAAGAGUUAAAGGAUCGCUACUAUAGCUGUGUUACAAGGUUACUCAAGGCUCGAGCCCCCCCAGGGCAAGAACCACAGAAUUUGCCUGCACCAUAUGACAGUCAGCAUGAAACAGAGAGAAAAAGACAACUUCUGAAGCUGUUUAACCGUACUCAAGAACAGGUACAUUGUACAGCUGCCAACCAUGUCAGCUUCUUUGAUGCUCAGAUGGGCCAUUGGGAAAAUUUUCCCAUUAAAUUUUCCCUUUUAACUAAAUUAAUCAUGAACAUUUGUGUAACUCGUACAAUUGAAGAGUUAAAGGAUCGCUACUAUAGCUGUGUUACAAGGUUACUCAAGGCUCGAGCCCCCCCAGGGCAAGAACCACAGAAUUUGCCUGCACCAUAUGACAGUCAGCAUGAAACAGAGAGAAAAAGACAACUUCUGAAGCUGUUUAACCGUACUCAAGAACAGUUGGAUAACAUUGGUAAUCUCUUGCAGGCUGAAGCAUCAGGAGUUAAGUUUCCAGAGAGUAAGGGAGCUGGUGUGUAUCUGCGGAGUGGCAGGAUGAAGAUGCCAGGAUCCGUCGGAACCAAAAAAGCCAAGGCAGUUGAACAACUUCUAGAAGAGUUAGGAGUUGAUCUUAUGCCGAUGCCAACUGAACACAUAAGCCACCAGUUCAACGAAUUGAGGUAAUCGCUUAAUCUGAUAGUAAGUAAUAUUUAACAGUUAGACCCGUAGCUCGCAACGGCUACGCGUCAAUAGCACAUGAGGCGAGG